AUGAAACCUGCCGAUGAAACCCUAGCUGAAGACGAUGAGAUUCUUGAAGACUAUUCCUUGGUUCCGAUACCUUCCUGUCACCAUCUUCAACACGUACCAUAUUUUUCCACCGUAGCUGUUGGUUCGGACAUCUACUUAAUCGGUGGACCCUACAAGGGGCCGCUAUCUUCACGUGUUCGUAUCUUUGAUUGUCGGAGUCACACGUGGCGUGACGGUCCAAACAUGUUGGUGGCCCGUGAGGCUGCCCAUGGAGCUACUGAGUUUCGUGGCAACUGGUUUCUAGCCAAUGUGUUUAGAGGAAAGAUAUACGUAAUUGCUGAGGAGGAGAACUUUGCUUAUGACCCAAAAGAAGGGACAUGGGAAGUUGUGGGAACGCACAAGUGUUAUGGACAUAUAGAUGUUUGGUGGUAUGACACUAAGAGUAGAGAGUGGAGAGAGGUCAAGGGUUCGGAUAUGGAAGUAUUGCAUAAAAGCGAGGAUGGCUUAGCAGGGCGGUGUCUUGUUCAAAUUGUUAACCAUGGUGGGAAACUAUUAGUUAUUUGGGUCCCAGGACUGAGGAAUACAAGGCAGAGCGGAAAAGGAGAAUUUGGUGUGCGAGAAUCGCAUUUGAGAAGCGCCUUGAAGGUGAGAUUUGUGCUAGCGGCAGAGAUAUUCGACGAGACCAACAUAAAUAGCACAGAGAAAUGCUCUUACGAGCUGUUGGAUAUCUAUGAGUAA